AUGCUCUUGGCAUGCCUUUUAAUAGCUAACUUCAAUCAAAAUGACUAUAAACAUUUUUUUAUUUGCUAUAUUUUAAGGUAUAACUUAUAAAUAAAGUUUAUUGAAGAUUUUAGAGAAAUUUUCAAACAAAAGGCUUAUAAACAACAUCUUAAAAAAAUAACCCCCCCUGCAUGAGCGAGCAAAAGUUUAUUCACUCACAAAGGGGUUAAUUAUUUUAAAGCAUUUGUAUAUAAUUUUAUAGUAAUUUUUUUUCCAAAUUUUAAGAUACCCAAUUUGCGAAAAUUGGAAAGGGAAAUUAAUUUAAUUUAUAAAAUGCAAGCUAUUUAAAAUUUAAAAGAAUUGACUAGAAAUUUCAUUAUACCUAAGCAUCUCUUACUUAUCGAACUAUUUUCAUAAAAAUUUUGGUUUUUUACCCAAAAACAAUUUUUCUAAUGGCUUUGUUAGCUUCUGGAGGGGAGUAAGGUAAUGAGUUUUAUAUUUAUAUCGAUUAAAACAUUUUUAUUAUUUUUAUUAAAAAAAUUGCUUACUCCCCCCCCCCUCCGUGAGCGAACAAAACCAUUAGAAAAAAUCGCCAUUUUUUGACCAAAAACCCACCCUCCGUGAGUUGAACAAAAAUAUUUUUAAUAGAAAAAAUUUUAAUAGAAAAAAAUUUUGCUAUAUAAGUGAUAAUUAGUAUAAUGAAAUCUAGAGCUAAUUCUGUUUAAUUUUUAACAAAUUGCGUUUUAAAACAUAAAUUUUGCAAAUUAAAUUAGUAUUUGCUUCCCAAUUUUUGCAAAAUUAGGAUUUUUUUUUAAAUUUCGAAAAAAAUAUUUUUUAUAAAAUUUAUAUAUAAAUUGUUUUUAAAAAAAAAAAUUAACCCCCCUCCGUGAGUGAACAAAAUUUUUUUGUUCGCUCACGGAGGGGGGGGGGGGAGUUAGCAAAAUUAUUUUAUAUAAAUAAAACUUCUAGCUUUUUUCGCAAUUUAUUUGAAAGUGUAAGUGAGCACUUUGCCUGGGAUUCUCAAUAGAGGACGAAACUGUUCUAACAAUCGAAGGAUGCCCUGGCCUUUAUAUAAAUGACAAUGUCCAAUUAUUGAAUCAAUCACCUGACUAUGCCAAUAACUUUCAACCCCUCAAUGUCUACAUCAAGAAGCUAUUUGACUGGAACCACAUUUUUGGCUUACUGGAGCCUCAUCUGCAUGAAAGUUUACUAGAAAGGUAUAAAAAAAUAACAAGCAGUGAUAUGCAAGACAGCGCAAUUUUGUUCCCUUCAGCAAUCUGACUCCCUGAUAAAAAACUCUAUCUUGUUACAUCAAGAGUCUUCUUAUUUCGAUGAAUCAGUUUCUUAUAUGUUACUUUUUAUGACUCUGAAUGAAAUGAAGUAACCACAGAAGAUUAUGUGGGAAAAACCAAAGUCCCAGGAAUUAUUCCAAUUUCAGUAAAAGAUAAAGACGCAUCAACUGGGCCAGAAGACCCCCGACUGUUUGUGGCGCUUAAUAAUGAAAUAUUCGUUAUCUUUAACCGACUUGUAGAUGAUCGCAACAGGAUAAUGCACCUUUAUCAAUUUUCUACAGCAACUUCUCGAAAGCUUUAUUUAGAAGAGGAUGCUGAAAAACAACGUAUUGAUGAGAAAAAUUGGACUCCAUUGAUUAUUGAUAAGGAACACUUAUACUAAUUGACCAAGAAUAGCCCACUAAGGAGCCAUUCUUGGUCUGCCAGAAAAAAUUUUGACAAAAGAUCCUAAUCUGCCAUUACCACUGAGUUUUUGGUGUUUCCAAAUUUUUUGGGCAAGCCAAAUGCAAUAAAAAAAAUUGUUCUUUUGCGAUGAUGCAUUUGGCUUGUCAAAAAAAUUUGGCAACAUCAAAACUCAGUGGUAAUGGCAGAAAAGAUCCUAAUCUGCCAUUACCACUGAGUUUUGGUUUUUCCAAAUUUUUUUGACAAGCCAAAUGCAUCAUCGCAAAAGAACAAUUUUUUUUAUUGCAUUUGGCUUGCCCAAAAAAUUUGGAAACACCAAAACUCAGUGGUAAUGGCAGAUUAGGAUCUUUUUGUCAAAAUUUUUUCUGGCAGACCAAGAAUGGCUCUAUAGUGGGCUAUUCUUGGUCAAUUAGUAUAUACUUUGUGUACAAUUUUAAGAAUUUACAAAUUAUUGACUGCACAGCAGAAAAUGAGCCUUGCAAAAAAGUUUCUGGAAAAUUUGAUCCUAAGCCUGAAGCCUUGCGUGGAGGAAGUCCUUUUGUAAGAUUUACAAACACUAACUACUACGUUUCUCUCUCAUAUACCCAUAUUUUUCUCAAAAACUGCCACUUUUACAGGCCUGUUUUUGUAGUUAUGGAAGCAGUCAAGGAGCAGUUGUCCUUCAAGAUGAUAUAUCAGAGCGAGCCAUUUGAUCUAAACAAUAGGGUAUUUCUGGAGCCUUUUACAAAUUAUAAGUAUCCUAACCAAAUUAGUUGCCAGUUAUAUGAUUGGAACUUUUUCCUCAUAUAGGAGUUUUUGACCAUGUCUUUUUAUUUUCUCGGCAAAAUUUAAGUCACAUUUUCACGAGAAGCAACAACUUGACCAAAAAUAUCUGAGGAAACGUCACAAUAUCAAAAUGUUCCAAUCAAAUGGCACGGUGCCGCCAAAUUAGAGACUGCAUGAUGGUAAUUCCUUCUUCGAUUGCUUCGUGGAAUUUUGAAGACGACAUUGCAGAUCUACACGUUACAAUUGAGGAUCAUAUCCCAGUUGUAGCUAGGGUGAAAGGAUUGGCAAAGUUUGUUGAAUAUAUUAUCAAUAUGUACGAGUAUGGACGAUUACCUGAGAACGAUAACUGUGCAGCAAAGUUUUCUGAAAGGUAUUUUUUAGCGCAAAGUCCAAAGUUUGCUUAUUAA